AUGGCUGGUAUGACUGCCGCUAGCACUCUAUUAGAAAAUGGUAUUUCAGACUUUUUGAUUAUUGAAGCACAAUCGAUUCUUGGAGGGCGAAUGAAAGAAACAAAAUUCGGAGGAUAUACUAUUGAAUUAGGUCCUAGUUGGAUCCAAGGUAUACGAAAUAAUGAAACUGGAGAAGAAAAUCCAAUAUGGACAUUGGCGAACAAACACAAACUCAUGAACAUUUACACUGAUUAUGAGGACUUACUGACUUUUGAUCAAAAUGGUUUGACCAAUUAUUCGAACAUCAUAAAUCAAGCAUUUGAUAAAUUUGAUCAAGUUGUAGACGAUGCAGAGAAAAGAUUAGCAUUGGGACUGGAAGAUCUGUCAUUCGCGCAAGGUCUAAGCCUUCAAGGAUGGAUACCUCGGACACCGCACGAAAAAGUAGCCGGUUGGUGGGCAUUUGACUUCGAAUAUGCUGAUACACCAAGCGCAUCGAGCAUGAUUGAGACAGCAAUCCAUAGUAAGACGAGUUAUGCUCAAUGGUCGGAGGAUAAUCAUGCGAGAACUAAUACACUUACUUUCUUAAUAUAUUUUGCUAACGAUUUUCAUUCAACUAUGGUUUUAAUCCAUCGUUGUGCAGCAGGUGGAGCAUCAACAAGUUUUGUUUUCAUUGCAUUUUUUUCUCCAACCUUUACACAAAAAUUUACGUUCUUCUUUUUUUUUGCUGGUUUGGAAGGAACACAACGCAAUUCAUCAUCAUCAUCAUCACUUUCAGAUGUUUUCUUAAGACAAACAGCUGAUGAUGUUGUCGAUUGUUUCUGA